AUGCGCGAGAAUGCCGGUCAGAACUGGGGCGGCAGCGCCCACACCCCGCAGGUGGCCCGUCAGCAUCCUCGCAGGCUGACGACAGACCCGCUGCUUCCUCCUCAGAGUCUGAAGAUCAGGGGAAGGACCUCAGAAGCGACGCGGAAGAUGCCCGCUGAUGGCAUCUCACCCGAGAGCCUGCCGAGGCUGCCGGCGUCCCUCAUGUUGGGGCAGGGGCACUGGUGCCCAGGAGGGAGGAAGACGUCGUCUCCAAACCCCGCUUCCACCCGCUGCAGCCAGGCAAACCCGGAGGAAGACGAGCUGGAGCAGCGCCAGGACGCCGCUGGGCAGGUGCCGGGGGGUUGGAAGGAGGCAGAGCCCGAGGCCAGCGGCCAGGAGGAGCCGGACGGCAGGGAGAGCACAGACAAGUGUGCCCUGGAGGCCAAGGAAGGGGAGCCAGAGUCCGUACAGCUGGGUGACCUUCUGCAGAAAGAGAAACCACCUGUGUUUGUGGAGAUUGAUCUGGGAGACCGAGCAGAGGAGGUGAUCACAUGUGCCAUGAAAGAAGAGAAGCGAUCCCAGAUGGACAUGGGGGAUUUUUCAGAGGACGAGACCGGGACCAGCUGGGUGUGCUGCAUCCCAUACUCCACCAGGAAGAAGGUGGGGGAGAGCUCAUAGCAGCCGGGAGAAGGGUCGGCCAGGCCGGGAGGGGCGAGGGACGAAGGCAGCUGCCCUGAGAGACGCCACGCAGACCUGGUGCCGUGACCACCCCACGUGGAACGUCCCCACCACCACGAAGUGAUGACACCACCUUUAAAAAGGGCUCAGUAAAGCGCGAACGGAAGACAUUGUCCCUCUCCAGGGGCCCCGUCCCUUCUUUCCACUCACCCUGUCCCGUGAAAUGUAAGUUAAGGGGGAGAUGCAGCUCAGGGACAGACGGCACGGGUGGCCGCACCUCCCAGGUCAGUGGUCGCGCAGCCCCGCACUCAGCCCCAACGAGGGCUGCCACCAGGGCACGGCGGGACCCCAGGCAUUGGUCCCCAAGCACCGGGGGCAGGCGUCCUUGCAGCUGGGACUGGGAGCCCCGAGGGCCACGUGGAGGAGAUGAAGCCGCAGGGAGGUGCUGCUUGCGGGAGCGGGGAGGGGUGUCAGGAGUCGGGGAGCCGCACCAGGGAGACCCGACGGGCUUCGAGGCUCCUCUGUUCAACCAGCGGAGGCGCAGCAGCCUGUCCCAGGCCAUUCCUGUGGUUCAGCCCAAGACUAAG